AUGAACUUCUCGGAGGCUGCGUGGCUCCUGGAGGAGCCGUGGAACCUGAGCGCGUCGGAGAGCAACAAGGAGCGCAAACUUUUAUUCGGCAUCGGCACGGAUAACUUCAUCACGCUGCUGGUUUUCGGGCUGAUCUUCACACUGGGCGUGCUGGGGAACUCCGUCGUGAUCACGGUCCUGGCCCGGAGCAAGCCGGGCAAACCUCGCAGCACCACCAACAUCUUCAUCCUGAACCUGAGCAUCGCAGAUCUCUCCUACCUGCUCUUCUGCAUCCCCUUCCAGUCCACCAUCUACAUGAUGCAGACGUGGGUGCUGGGCGCCUUCAUCUGCAAGUUCAUCCACUACUUCUUCACCGUGUCCAUGCUGGUGAGCAUCUUCACCCUGUCGGCCAUGUCCGUGGACCGGUACGUGGCCAUCGUGCACGCCAGGAGGUCGUCGUCCAUCCGGGUGGCGCGGCACGCCGUGGCCGGCGUGGCCGUGAUCUGGCUGCUGUCCCUGGCCAUGGCCGCGCCCGUCAUGCACCACCAGAACAUCUUCCACCGCUGGGAGAACGACACCUUCUGCUGGGAAGUGUGGCCCGAUCACAACCACAAGAAGAUCUACGUGGUUUGCACGUUUGUUUUUGGUUAUGUUCUGCCCCUGCUGCUGAUUUCAUUCUGCUACGCAAAGGUGUUAAACCACUUGCAUAAAAAACUCAGAAAUAUAUCCAAAAAGUCAGAGGCAUCCAAGAAAAAGACGGCUCAGACGGUGCUGGUGGUGGUGGUGGUCUUCUGCCUGUCCUGGCUCCCUCACCACAUCGUCCACCUCUGGGCGGAGUUCGGGACCUUCCCCCUGAACCAGGCGUCCUUCGUGUUCCGCGUAGCCGCCCACUGCCUGGCGUACAGCAACUCGUCCGUCAACCCGGUCAUCUACGCCUUCUUGUCGGAAAACUUCCGAAAGGCUUACAAGCAGGUCUUCAAAUGCCAGAUCGGCACCAGUGACUCGCCGCUCAAUGACGUCAAGGAGAUCCGCAGCAAAGCGGACACGGCGCCCUCCACGAACUGCACGAACGUCUGACUAUCACCGGUGAUGCGAAAAUGUGGAACACUAGCAGUGAUGAGGAAUGAGCCGAGUCACGAUGACACAGUCAUCAGACACCAGUGGGUGUGUAUUUCUGAUGUACAUAACUACAGUUUUAUUGUAUUAUCCCACAGAAAGACAAUUAUACGUGGACUGUAAGGGAUCCGGCCACAACGGCUGCAGGAUACAAAUCCUCACAGAAAAAAAGCCUGUGGUGUCCAAAUCUCAGGUAAACGGGGCAUUUAUGUAUCACAUCAUGGUGUAUUUAAGAGACAGUUCAGAGAUGUGAUUUAACUUUCUGACUUCAUUAUUGGAGGAAUUAAUCUGAUAAGUAGAUUUGUAAUUGUAAUCACUCACUGUUGUAAAGUUUUUGUUUUUUGUUUGCGAUUGUCUGAAGAGAUACAGUAACACGUUGUGGGAUGUUGGACUAUCAUUUGAAAUUGCCGAUCUUAGUAUGCUCCGUUGGCUGGUUUGUGGUUUAAUUGGAUUCAGACUUCCUGAUGCUUCUUGUUGCUGCAGCCAAGACAAAGUGCUGGGAGGAUGCUUUGGCUUUUCAAAGUUGAUUAGCAGAGGCGUUUGAUUGCUUUCAAAUGGAAACAAAAAGGGAAGAAGAAUGACAGACUCUGAUAACUUUGACUUUCU